CUCUUGUCUAUCUAUCUCCCCUGUUCGCUCGCUCGCUCCAUCUUCUAAACCUAAAAAACAGCCGACAGACCUUUCAUUCGCAGGGAAGGUAAGGUUCAAUCAGCCAGCAGGUGUAUACAUAAUGGAAACACAGGCAACUGAAACUACAGAGAGUUCACCUGUGCUUCUGGUUACAAGCACAGAGACGACUGAAACUUUGGAUCAAUCAACACCGCCUGUGUUGUGGUUGAUCAAACACAGACAACUGAAACGUUAGAGCCGUCACCGCCUGUGGUUGCAAACAUGCCGCCAGCGGAAGUUUCACCGCCGCAGGUUACAAACACACAGGUGACUGAGGAAACGGCAUUACAGGAGGUUACAAACACACAUGAAGCUGCACCUUCAGGGGAGUCUGCUCCAUCUCCGGUUACAAACAUACCAGCUGCUGAAACCUUGGACCAGUCAACCCUUCCCUCGUUGGAGGAUAUAAAGACGACCGAAACCGUGGAGCAUUCAGUUGUGGCUUCUGAUGUCACAGAUAAUAGUCAUGAGAACUUGAUUGCUUCUCCUGAAAAUCAUCAGAGCAGGGAAAUAAGGCAAGAGACUGCUGAAGAAGAAGAAGAAGAAGUAAGAAGUGUCUUGAAAGUCAUUGCAGCCACCGGAGAGUUUUGGUAUGAUUGGGAAAAAUUGAGAAGCAUGUUGUCUCUUCAUUUAAAGCAGGUUCUUUCUGAAUACCCACAGGCAAAAAUGACAAUCGAGGAACAAAAAAUAUCGCUAGGAGAGACGCAUGCUGAGUUGGUGAAAAGGUUGGAUGAUGCUCUUCAUAGUUUUGUUGAUGGCCCACCGUUUACCCUACAAAGGCUAUCUGAGAUCAUACUGGAUGCACGGAGCUUGUAUCCAAAUCUAUCAAAGCUUGCUCUGGCUUUAGAAAAGAAUUUGUCUGUGACAUCAACUUUGACCAUGUCUACUAAUCCGAAUCCACCAUCACUUACAACACCACCAAACGGAUCCGAGAAAGUAAACGAGGACUUGAACCCGAACCCGAACCCGCAACUGCUGUCUGAUACUGUAAUGGAGAAUGGAGCCCUACCCGUUGCAAUGUCAGCAGACAGGGAUGAAAUUAUGACAGAGGUGGAUGCUGACAUCAGCGAUGUUAUGACAAUGGAUGUGGAAACAACCGAAACAACCGAGAAGCCGUCAGAAUCAAGUCCCAUGACAACAGGUGAUUCUUAAGUCUUAUUAUUAUUAUUAUUUUUUGAAAUUACCUUCAAAUGUUAUUGUAAGAGGUAAAAUGCCAAUUUGGUGACACUUGGGAUCAUACAUUUAGAUGAUGUAAUGCGAACUCAUUGUGUGAUAUAGUAUGAGAGAAUCGUCAUUAUUUACUGUA